UUCUCCCGCCACCUUCCCUUCGCUCCCUCCCGUCCCCCCCAGCUCCUGGCCUCCGACUCCCUCCCCCUCCACGCCCGCCCUCUCGCCUUCGCCUACCAAAGUGGAUUAAUUAUACGCUUUCUGUUUCUCUCUCCACUGUUCUCUCCCGCUGUGAGCCUGCCCGCCCCUCGCUGUCCUCUCUCCGUCUCUAACCCUCUCUUCGGCCCCCCCCCUUUCACGUUCACUCUGUCUCUCCCACUGUCCUGCCCCCCCCUCUGUCCUUGAUACAACAGCUGACCUCAUUCCACGACACCCUUUCCCCCCCGAAAGUACAACAUCUGGCCCGCCCCAGCCCGAAGACAGCCCGUCCUCCCUGAAAGAGCAGACAAAUCCCACCCCCCAAAAAAAGCCAUCCCCCCGUUCGGCCCCGUCGCACAUUCGGCCCCCGCGACCCGGCCAGAGCGGCGCUGGCAGAGGAGUGCCCGGCAGGAGGGCCCACGCCCGCUGUUGGUUUGCGAAUCGUGCAGCAGGGAGGUGGGCGGCAGCGUCGCCGGCUUCCAGAUACCAAUGGGGGUCCCAGCGGGGAAGUCGAUGCUGGUGCUUCUCACCUUCUUGGCCUUGGCCUCGUGCUGCUUUGCUGCUUACCGCCCCAGUGAGACCUUGUGCGGCGGGGAGCUGGUGGACACCCUCCAGUUUGUCUGUGGGGACCGCGGCUUCUACUUCAGCAGGCCCGCAAGCCGUGUGAACCGCCGCAGCCGUGGCAUCGUUGAGGAGUGCUGCUUCCGCAGCUGUGACCUGGCCCUCCUGGAGACCUACUGCGCCACCCCCGCCAAGUCCGAGAGGGACGUGUCGACCCUUCCGACCGUGCUUCCGGACAACUUCCCCAGAUACCCCGUGGGCAAGUUCUUCCAAUAUGACAGCUGGAAGCAGUCCACCCAGCGCCUGCGCAGGGGCCUGCCUGCCCUCCUGCGCGCCCGCCGGGGUCACGAGCUCGCCAAGGAGCUCAAGGCGGUCAGAGAAGCUCAGCACCCCCAGGCCCUGCCCGCCCAAGACCCCACCCACGGGGACGCCUCUUCGGAGAUGCCCAGCGAUCAGAAGUGAACCAAAGCGUCGUCCUCCUGCAGCACCGAUCCAUCGUCCUGUGAACUCCUGACCAGGGACAUUUCCAGCAGGUUCCACCCCUGAAAUCUCUCUGUGCCACCUCCCCCUCGAGGGCUCCCCCCAGCCCAGCCCCCCUGCCCCGCCUCCCCAGGUCAGGCUGCCCCCCAGGCCCCCCUCCAUCGGGCCACAGUAACAUCUUCAAAACCAUUUAGAAUUGAUUGGCUUUCAACAUCCUCCACAACCCCGACUUGCCCCCUAAAUUACCCCCAAAUUACACAUGCGCAUCAAAAAAUUGGAAACAUAAAACCCUAAACUACACACUCCAGCCCCCUUAAAACUAAUUGGCUUUCUAAAAACACCAGAAAAAAAAAAAAACUAAUUAGCUUAAAAAAAAAAAA